AUGUUUGACUUUAACCACCAUUCUCACCGUCGUUACAACCCACUCACCCGCUCAUGGGUCCUCUGUUCACCUCAUCGCACACAGCGUCCUUGGCAGGGUCAGCAAGAGGGCCCAGAUCUCGAACAGCGACCAUCCCAUGAUCCUAAAUGCUACCUGUGCCCUAACAACCAGCGUGCAAAUGGAGAAAAUAACCCUGACUAUACUUCUACUUACAUCUUCCCCAAUGACUUUGCAGCUGUCAAGUCUGAUCAGCCUACACUCGACAACACAAACACAGACGACUUGUUGCAAGUAGAAGGUGUCCGAGGAGAAUGUCAUGUGAUGUGCUUUUCCCCGCGCCAUGACUUGACUAUGGCCGAAAUGACAAAUGAUGAGAUUCAUUCGGUGGUGAAUGCCUGGACCGAGAGUUACAAAGCCAUGGCCGAGAAGGAGUGUGUAUCUCAUGUACAGAUCUUUGAGAACAAAGGUGCUGCUAUGGGUUGCUCAAACCCCCAUCCUCACGGUCAAAUGUGGUGCACGGACCGGAUCCCUGAAGAACCCCAGACCGAGUUAAAUUCCCUCAAGGCCUAUGCUGACUCACACGAUGGUGCAUGCAUGCUUUGCAACUAUGCAAGCCGGGAAUUGGCUGACAAGGAGCGUGUGGUGAUGGAAAACGAUUCAUAUGUGUGUGUGGUUCCCUUCUGGGCAGUGUGGCCCUUUGAGACCCUUGUGCUUCCAAAGGUGCAUGUGUCCAGUCUUCCUCAAAUGACAGACGAGCAAAAAACCGAUUUGGCAGACAUUUUAAGAAGGAUGACAUGUCGAUAUGACAACCUUUUUGAGUGCUCCUUCCCAUACUCCAUGGGGAUUCAUCAGGCUCCUGUGCGCGGUGAAUUUGACUAUUCACAUCUUCACAUCCACUUCUACCCUCCUUUAUUAAGAAGUGCUACCGUCAGAAAGUUUUUGGUUGGAUUUGAACUUUUGGGUGAGCCACAGCGUGAUCUGACUCCUGAGCAAGCAGCUGCAAGACUUCGGGAUCUUUCAGAAACCCAUUACAAGCACAAGAUCGAAGCUGAGGCUUCUUUGUAA